UGGUUUUUACGAUUCUGUGCGUAAACACGAUUCAUUUAGCCUUUUCUACUCAUUAAAUAGAAUUAUAGAAUUAUAUUUUAUAGUUUGAAAUGUGUAUAUAGCCUAGAUAUUUGGGUAAAUUCUGUAACGUUAUAGCUCCUAAAGAUUUUAAAAUAGCUUAAAGUGAAGUGUCUGGCGCGCAUUAAUGAGGACUGACAGUGUCACCUGAGCCGUGCCCGGAGGCGGUGAGGAGGAGGAUGGUUUGGGCUGGACAUAAUUGUGUGUUUUGAUUUCAGAUCCGACAGAAAACCUGUUGAAGGAAACCAAAGGCUCAUCAUGGGCUCCAAUCAACACCGGAGUGCAGAAAGGCAGCGGUCAGAUCCAGUUGUGGCAGUUCCUCCUGGAGCUGCUGUCCGACAGUGCCAACAUGUCAUGCAUCGCGUGGGAGGGCACCAACGGCGAGUUCAAGCUCAUCGACCCGGAUGAGGUGGCGCGGCGGUGGGGUGAGCGUAAAAGCAAACCCAACAUGAACUACGACAAACUGAGCCGCGCCUUACGCUACUACUACGACAAAAACAUCAUGACAAAGGUCCACGGCAAACGCUACGCCUACAAGUUUGACUUCCACGGGCUCGCGCAGGUGUGCCAGCCGUCCAGCACUGAACAGGCCCUGUACAAGUUUCAGGGCAACUUCUCCCCGCUGCCCUUCUCCGGGAUCUCCAAGCUGAACCUGGUGGGGCCCGUGGGAGGCGUGGGUCCGUCCGGGUUCUCGUAUUGGACCGGCUCGCCCUCCCUGUACCACAGCCACAACCUGCAGCCUCCGUUCAGCACCGUGUCUCCAUCACACAUUGGCUGCGUCAACAACAUCAACGGCCUGGCCAACAUCAACGCGCACUACAACUGACCCAAACAGCACUCAGAAACUUUCCAAAUGAACUGGUUUAAUUCAUGCUAAUGAGAUGGAUAUGCUAUUGAUGAUUUUGUUUGAAUGUUCAACUGUAAAGACGUGAAAUGGUCGCCUUUACGCACAGUGCUUUUUAGCCGUUCCGAGAGCCUACUCCAUCCAAAACACAUUUUCAAGAGCACUAUUUUAAUUAUUUUACCUAUUUAUACUUAACGUAACUUAAUUUAUUUUUAAGGGAUUAAAUUUAUAAAAAGAACAAACCAUUUUUACUGUGCGUAAUUUUGUUAUCCAUCCUUGCAGUCCGAGAGCGAACCACGUACUUGUGAAGCACUCACGCCAUCUAGUGGCAACAGAUAAAAUGGCUUACAAAAAUUCCUAAACAUGACUGAGACUUACUUGCGGUUUAAACAUAAAACAUUUCUUCAAACUCAAACCACACGCAAGGUCUAAAAGUUUAAAAAGCACAGCCUGUUGUAAAUUAAACUUCAUCAAACCAUUGCCAAACAUAAAACCAGAUAAAACUUGCAAUAAGACUCAAG